AUGGAGUCAUCCCGCGGCCCUCCCAGGGUCAAGAACAAGGCGCCUGCGCCGAUCCAGAUCUCAGCGGAGCAGCUGCUCCGCGAGGCUGUGGACCGGCAGGAGCCCGCGCUGCAGGCACCGACGCAGCGGUUCGCGGACCUGGAAGAACUGCACGAGUACCAAGGCCGCAAGCGCAAGGAAUUCGAGGACUAUGUGCGGCGGAACCGGAUCAACAUGAACAACUGGAUGCGGUACGCGGCGUGGGAGCUGGAGCAGAAGGAGUUCCGGCGGGCGCGAUCGAUCUUCGAGCGGGCGCUGGACGUCAACCCGACGUCGCCGGUGCUCUGGAUCCGGUACAUCGAGUCGGAGAUGCGGAAUCGCAACAUCAACCAUGCGCGCAACCUGCUGGACCGGGCGGUGACCAUCCUGCCGCGCGUGGACAAGCUGUGGUACAAGUAUGUGUACAUGGAGGAAACGCUGGGGAACAUCCAGGGCACGCGCCAGGUGUUCGAGCGGUGGAUGUCCUGGGAACCGGAGGAAGGUGCCUGGAGCGCGUACAUCAAGCUUGAGAAGCGGUAUAGCGAGUUUGACCGGGCGCGCGCCAUCUUCCAGCGGUUCACCAUUGUGCAUCCCGAGCCGAGGAACUGGAUCAAAUGGGCCCGGUUCGAGGAGGAGUACGGUACGAGUGAGCUGGUGCGUGAGGUCUACGGGGCGGCGAUCGAGACGCUGGGCGAGGAUUUCAUGGACGAGAAGCUUUUUAUUGCUUACGCCAAAUUCGAGGCCAAGCUCAAGGAGUACGAGCGGGCUCGAGCCAUCUACAAGUACGCGCUGGACCGAUUGCCGCGUUCCAAGUCGAUGGCGCUGCACAAGGCCUACACGACGUUUGAGAAGCAAUUUGGUGACCGGGAGGGCGUCGAGGACGUGAUUCUCUCGAAACGCCGGGUCCAGUACGAGGAGCAGCUCAAGGAGAACCCGCGGAACUACGACGUCUGGGUUGACUUUGCCCGGCUGGAAGAAACGUCGGGCGACGUGGACCGGGUUCGGGAUGUGUACGAGCGGGCGAUUGCGCAGAUUCCCCCCUCGCAGGAGAAGCGGCACUGGAGGCGGUACAUCUACCUGUGGAUCUUCUACGCGAUCUGGGAGGAGAUGGAGGCCAAGGACAUGGACCGGGCGCGGCAGGUCUACACCGAGUGCUUGCGGCUGAUCCCGCACAAGAAGUUUACUUUUGCCAAGAUCUGGCUGCUGAAAGCGCAGUUUGACAUUCGGCAGAUGGAUCUGUCGGCGGCGCGGAAGACGCUGGGCCAGGCGAUUGGCAUGUGCCCGAAGGAUAAGCUCUUCCGGGGCUACAUCGACCUGGAGCGGCAGCUGUUUGAGUUCGUGCGGUGUCGGACCCUGUACGAGAAACAGAUCGAGUGGAACCCGUCGAACAGCCAAUCGUGGAUCCAGUUUGCCGAGCUCGAACGUGGCCUGGACGACUCGGAGCGGGCGCGGGCGAUCUUCGAGCUGGGAAUCGACCAGCCGACGCUCGACAUGCCGGAACUGGUGUGGAAGUCGUAUAUCGACUUCGAGGAGUACGAGGGCGAGUACGACCGGGUGCGACAGCUAUACGAGCGGCUGCUGGAGAAGACGGACCACGUCAAGGUGUGGAUCAACUACGCGCGGUUCGAGAUCAACGUGCCCGAGGGCGAGGAAGAGGAGGAAGCGGAAGCGGAGGAGGAGGAGGAGCGGCCGAUCAGCGAGGACGCCAAGCGGCGUGCGCGCGCGGUGUUCAACCGGGCCCACCGGGUGUUCAAGGAGAAGGAGAUGAAGGAGGAGCGAGUGGAACUUCUCAAUGCAUGGCGCGCGUUCGAACACACGCACGGCUCGGCGGAGGACAUCGACCAGAUCGAGAAACAGAUGCCGCGGCGGGUCAAGAAGCGGCGCAAGUUGGACGACGACCGGUACGAGGAGUACAUGGACUAUGUGUUCCCGGCGGACGACCAGUCGGCGGCGAAUCUGUCGAAGCUGCUGCAGAAGGCGCACGAAUGGAAAAAGUCGCAGGGGCUGGUGUGA